AUAGUAUGCGGUUGAGGCGUAGUCCUAUAGGAGCUAUACGCAAUAGUCGGUUGUAGUACAAUUUCAAAAUCCUUUUAAUACAAAGACACAGUGGUUGAAAAUUUCGUUCAAAACUGUGAAUUUUCAUAGUGAAUAAAAAAGGAAACGGACAUGGAGGAAAUGAGCAGUGAUACACAUUUUUGCAUUCCCCACACGACAUUUCCAACCCUUGAAUAUCUACUGAGGAAAUCAUCUAGAGGUCGUGAAAUUGACGAAUUCUUUCUUUUAAGACAAAUACAUCCCAACGUCUUCAAAAUCUUAGUAGAAUACGACUGUUACAAGUAUCGUAACCAGCGAAAUUGCAUCACAUUAGAUGAAAUCUGGGGUGAAAGAAUAAUGAAAGGAUUACCGGAUCAUUUUACAGCUAUAUCGCAGUUAGCUUUAGGACUUGAGUACCUUCACUCACAAAAAUUGAUUCACAGAGAUAUAAAACCGGAAAAUGUCGUCAUUUGGGGCGGUGAUGGGGCUACUGGGAUAAAUAUGAAAUGGGCCUAUUACGAAUCGCCAUUACAUUAUGACAAAUCGAAGAAAAUUAAUAUUGAAAAGCAAACAAAUAUAAAAAAAGUAAGUGAUCGAAUAGAUCAACCAAUACAAAAGGGAGAAGAGAUGCUAGAAUCGGAAACGAAUAUCGAAAAAGCAACCGGAUCAACAUUGGUCAUGGAACAUGAAAAAAAUCCCCAAAAAAUAACACUCACUCACUUCACAACACAAAAUUUGCAAGAGAAGGAAGAAUCCAAAAUAAAUAUCGAAAAAGGAACCAAGCCAAUGGGUGACAUUGAAAAGGAGUUCCUCGAGAAUGAAACAAUAUUUUUCACAAGUAAAAGAUCGAGAACAUGGCAAGCUCCAGAGUUGCAAACAUUAUCAAAUCCUCGAACACUUGCUACUUUUGAAAGUGAUGUCUUUGCAGCGGGCUUGGUCUUUGGUUCGCUUCUUUUAAAUGGAGCCCAUCCUUUCGGAGUUGAUGAAGACGAAAUAACAUCAAAUAUCAAAAUGAAUAAUCCGGUCAAUGUUGGAAAAAUGGAAUCGAAACGAGUUUCUAAAUUAAUCUUGCAAAUGUUGACGCACAAAGCAGAAGAAAGAACAAUUACAUCGUCAGAUGUUGUUGAAGGAAUGAAAUUAAUCCAAAGCCAGAUUUUAGAAAUUCCCGCAUUAAUAGACGAAUUGGGAAAGAAAAACAUCAUAACAUGGUAUUGCCGAUUUAAUCAUCAGGAAAAAAAUGUCAUUCAAACACUUCAACUCCUAAUUGCAAAUGGAGGCGAUGUCAACAGUGUCGAUGAGAAUAGAAAUAACGCGCUCCACAUUCUGUGUAACUAUUAUUACGAACAGGACGAUUUAAUUGAGAUAAUUCGACUUUUCAUUGAUAAUGGAAUCAGCGUCAACUGCAAAGACGAAAACGGAGACAACGCCCUCACUAAAUUGUGCCAAUAUUAUAAAAACGAAAAUUUAAGUGAGAUAAUUGAUCUUUUGAUUAAAACUGGAAUCGAAGUCAACUGCAAAAACAACAAAGGAGAUAAUGCUCUCACCUUAUUGUGCGAAUAUUAUAAAAACGAAAAUUUAAUUGAGAUAAUUCAACUUUUCAUUGUAAAUGGGAUCGACAUCAAUUGCAAAACCAACACCGGAUGGAAUGCUCUUCUUUUCUUAUGUCGUCACUGUCAAAAAGAAAAUUUAAUUGAAAUCAUUGAACUUUUAAUUCAACAUGAAAUCGACGUCAAUUGCAAAACCAACACCGGAUGGAAUGUUCUUCUUUUCUUAUGUCGUAAUUAUCAAAACGAAAAUUUAGUUUACAUCAUUCGACUUUUAAUUAAAAAGGGAAUCGAAAUCAACUGGAAAACCAAAGACGGAGAUAAUGCUCUCACUGAAUUGUGCACAUAUAAUAAAAACAAAAAUUUGAUUGAGAUAAUUCAACUUUUCAUUGAUAAGAUCGACAUUAAUUGCAAAAACAAAUCCGGAGAUAAUGCUCUCACUUUAUUGUGCGAACAUUAUAAAAACGAAAAUUUGAUUGAGAUAAUUUAUCUUUUGCUUAAAAAUGGAAUCGAAGUCAGCUGCAAAAACAACAAUGGAGAUAAUGCUCUCACUUUAUUGUGCGAACAUUAUAAAAACGAAAAUUUAGUUGAAAUCAUUCAACUUUUAAUUAAAAACAGAAUCGAAGUCAACUGCAAAAACUACUACGGAGAUAAUGCUCUUACUAAAUUGUGCCAAUAUUAUAAACACGAAAAUUUGCUUGACAUUACUGGACUUCUCAUUAAAAGUGGAAUCGAAGUCAAGUGCAAAGACAGCUUCGGAGAUAAUGCUCUCACUUUAUUGUGCGAACAUUAUAAAAACGAAAAUUUAAUUGACAUCAUUCGACUUUUAAUUAAAAAUGGAGUCGAAGUCAAUUACAAGACCGAUGACGGAGAUAAUGCUCUCACUAAAUUGUGUGCAAAAUAUAAAAACGAAAAUUUAAUUGACAUUAUUCGACUUUUGAUUAAAAAUGGAAUCGACAUCAAUUGCAAACACAAAUCCGGAAGGAAUGCUCUCACUAUAUUAUGUCGAUAUUAUGAAAAAGAAAAUGUAGUUGACAUAAUUCAACUUCUAAUUGAAAAUGGAAUUGACAUACAUUUGAAAGUAAAUCAUUCAGAGAAUGUAUGUCUUUAUGUUUUGGAAAACUUUAAAGAUAAAACUGCAUUAGACGAAGCCAUAAAACUGUUAAUUCGGCAUGGGAUUCAGUUUAGUAGCAAGUGCUAUGAAAUGCUGCAAGAAUGCGGAAUGGAAAAUCAAAUCGGUGGAUUGGAAAUACUAAAAUAUAUGGCCGAAGAAGAGUUAAGCUUAGGAUGGCAUCCUAACUGUAGCAGUUGCAAUCACAUUAUGUCAAUUGAGGAAAGUACUAGAAGGCAAGUGCAUCACCACCAAAUGUUUGGUAACGCAUUUGUUGCCUAUCAUAUGAUACUGAAGGAUUUACAAGCAUGGCAGAAAUCUACCCAAAAGUCUGUUGCUGAUCAGGACGUACCAAACCCAGGAAAAUUGUGCGAAGAAGCUCAAAACCAUUUUACGACCUCUGGAGAUCAAGAGUGCUUUAAAACAAUGAUCGAAAUCAGCGAGCAAAUGAAAGGAGGAGACUCGAGUCUUUUUCAGUGCAACCUGUACGAGCAUUACAUGAGAAGUUUGCAUAGUAUCGCGCGUAUAAUCGGAGCUGAAAAAUCAAAGAAGCAGAUUGAGUUUUUUUAUCUCCUUCCCUUUGAUUAUCCAUUGACGUUCCCAGCCGAUAAAAAAGAUGACCUUGAUUUCAAAACAGUACUUAGCGAAUGGGACAAAACUCUUUUUUGUUGGAUGCAUAAACCAGGCGAUGACUAUUUCGGAAAAACUUUGAAAAAAGAUAGCACGAAGGGCCUGUUUUCGUCAGUGAAUGAUUCCCUAAAUUGUCACGGGCAACAACAGAAAAAAAGGAAAAGAGAAAACAGUGGAAAUGAACUGAACCCAAAAAAGCCAAAAAUAGACUUCGGGACAGAUACAUAGUCAAUAAUUUUAGUUUAGGGAAAGGUGUCAAGAAGAGAUCAUGGAUGUUAAAGUGUGAUUUAAAACCUGUGCUCUAUUGAAAUUGAUUUGGGUAAAUUAGGAGAAAAAUUUGCAUCGUGAAAUACAUUUCUUUCCCUUUUCAAAUUUCAUGUUUUUAAUAAAAAUGUUUGCGUUCGAAAAUAACAGCCGACAAAAGAUGUAAAAAAAAAGCUAAUGAUCCCGCUGCUAAU